AAUGAAGAAACCAACCGGCCGGGAGAAGCAUGAGGCGGCAGUGCGGCACUCGGUUUAGAGGGCUCGGGCCGGCGGCGGCCCCAUGGGCAACCCUGCUGGCGCUGGGCCUCCCGGGCUGGGUGCUGGCGGUCUCGGCCGCGGUCUCGGUCUCGGUCUCGGCCACGGCCUCCGCGGCGCUCCCCGACCAGCAUGCCCCCUCCGCCGGCCAGCCGCCCCUGGACUGGCUCCUCAGCGACCGCGGCCCGUUCCACCGCGCUCAGGAGUACGCUGACUUCAUGGAGCGCUACCGGCAGGGUUUCACCACCAGGUACAGGAUCUACAGGGAAUUUGCCCGUUGGAAAGUAAACAACUUGGCUCUGGAAAGGAAGGACUUCUUCAGUUUGCCAUUGCCUCUUGCCCCAGAGUUUAUCCGGAACAUUCGCCUCCUCGGAAGGAGACCCAACCUACAACAGGUUACCGAAAACCUGAUUAAAAAGUACGGCACUCAUUUCUUACUUUCUGCCACUCUUGGAGGAGAAGAGUCCCUGACCAUUUUUGUGGACAAGCGAAAACUGAGCCGCAAGACAGACACAGCAGGAAGUGCUCCUGUGGUUGGGGCCAGUGGAAACAGCUCUGCCGUGUCCCUGGAGACCCUGCACCAGCUGGCAGCCUCCUACUUCAUCGACAGAGAGAGCACACUGAGGCGGCUGCACCAUAUCCAGAUAGCCACAGGGGCCAUCAAGGUCACGGAGACCAGGACCGGCCCUCUGGGCUGCAGCAACUACGACAACCUGGACUCGGUCAGCUCUGUCCUGGUACAGAGUCCGGAGAACAAAGUGCAGUUGCUCGGCCUGCAGGUGCUGCUGCCUGAGUACCUGCGUGAGCGCUUUGUGGCCGCGGCGCUCAGCUACAUCACGUGCAGCUCCGAGGGCGAGCUUGUCUGCAGGGGGAAUGACUGCUGGUGCAAGUGCAGCCUCACCUUCCCAGAAUGCAACUGUCCCGACGCUGACAUCCAGGCCAUGGAGGACAGCCUGCUGCAGAUCCGGGACUCUUGGGUGACCCACAACCGGCAGUUUGAGGAAUCAGAGGAAUUCCAGGCCCUGCUGAAAAGGCUGCCCGAUGACCGGUUCCUCAACUCCACGGCCGUCUCCCAGUUCUGGGCCAUGGACACCAGCCUUCAGCACCGCUACCAGCAGCUGGGAACCAGCCUGAAACUGCUGUUCAAGAAGACCCAUCGGAUUGUCCGCUGGCUCUUCAACCUCUGCAAGCGUUGCCACCGGCAGCCUCGCUUCCGCCUGCCCAAGGAGAGGUCCUUGUCCUACUGGUGGAACCGAGUCCAGUCCCUCCUCUACUGCGGAGAAAGCACCUUCCCUGGCACCUUCCUGGAACAGAGCCACGGCUGCACCUGCCCCUACGACCAGUCCUCCUGCCAGGGCCCCAUCCCGUGUGCCUUGGGGGAAGGGCCCGCCUGCGCCCACUGUGCCCCUGACAACAGCACGCGCUGCGGGGCCUGUAACCCAGGCUAUGUGCUGGCCCAGGGGUUGUGCCGGCCAGAGGUGGCCGAGUCCCUGGAGAACUUUCUGGGGCUGGAGACAGACCUGCAGGACCUGGAGCUGAAGUACUUGCUGCAGAAGCGGGACAGCCGCAUCGAGGUGCACUCCAUCUUCAUCAGCAAUGACAUGCGCCUGGGCAGCUGGUUCGACCCUUCCUGGAGGAAGCGCAUGCUGCUCACCCUCAAGAGCAACAAGUACAAGCCGGGGCUGGUGCACGUGAUGCUGGCCCUGUCCCUGCAGAUCUGCCUCACCAAGAACAGCACCCUGGAGCCUGUCAUGGCCAUCUACGUCAACCCGUUUGGGGGCAGCCACUCUGAGAGCUGGUUCAUGCCCGUGAGUGAGGGCAGCUUCCCUGACUGGGAGAGGACUAACGUGGACGCGGCCGCCCAGUGCCAAAACUGGACUAUCACCUUGGGAAACAGGUGGAAGACCUUCUUUGAGACAGUCCAUGUUUACCUCCGGAGCCGAAUCAAGUCCCUGGAUGACAGCUCCAAUGAGACAAUCUACUACGAGCCCCUAGAGAUGACCGAUCCCUCCAAGAACUUAGGAUACAUGAAAAUCAACACCUUGCAGGUCUUUGGCUACAGCCUCCCCUUUGACCCGGAUGCCAUCCGGGACUUAAUUCUCCAGUUAGACUACCCAUACACUCAAGGUUCCCAGGACUCUGCCCUCUUGCAGCUCAUAGAGCUUAGGGACCGGGUAAACCAGCUUUCUCCACCCGGCAAAGUCCGGCUUGACCUUUUCUCCUGCUUGCUCCGGCAUCGGCUCAAGUUGGCCAACAAUGAGGUGGGCAGGAUCCAGUCCUCCCUGAGGGCUUUCAAUUCCAAGCUGCCAAACCCCGUGGAGUAUGAGACAGGCAAACUCUGUAGCUAAUGGGGGCCCCGCUCCAGUGCUGGGCAGGGAGGCGGUCCAGGGUGACCCGUGAAUCCAGGGUGCAGAGAUCAUCCGAGCCCUCACCUUAGUGCCAACAGGGUUCUCCCCUGAGACUUGCAGCACCCAGCAGACGGGACUCCAGGAGUUGGACUGAAGCAGGCAGGACAGAAAGAAACCGCCACUGCCCACGUGCACACACUCGCCUUGUGCGUGCGUGUGCACGCGCAUACGCACACACGCACACGCUGUCACUCACACAGGGAGGCUACAACUCAGCAGCCUCAAAUCUGUAAAGUCGGUGCUUUCAAAUGAACGCAGUCGAAGGAGAGGAGCUAAGGGAGAGAUUAAGCAAAAGAACCAGCCAAACCAUGAGAAAAUAAAUCCUGAAAAGUGAUUCUUAUUCAAGAAAGCAAGAGGGGGCUUCUGUAGGAACAGAAGCGCUCUUCCUCCCCCUCCGUGGAGUCACUUUUGUAUUCUUUUUAACCCGAUUUCUUAAAAUGGCGUUGUUUCGUGAUGCCCCACGUUGGUUCUUACUUUUUGUAUGCUGCCUCGGCUGCGCCCUCCCAGACACUGACUGCUUCGCAAGCCGGCUCCCCCGAGAAACUCAAGGUGACACCGACAGAGGACCGCAAGGGCAGGCAGGCAGGCUUGCUCUGCGCCCCACCCCUCACUCCCCCCGGCCCCCUUGCUUCCUCAGCCUCCCCACUUUGCCCCAUCUUCCCCUCGUGGUCCAGCCGGGGCUCCUCUUGCAACAGCGCCCGUGCUGUCCAGGAAAGCAGCUCUGUCAAGUUAGAAAGAGACGAUGUAUAGGGAAAUGUUUUUUUAAAAACAAAACAAAAAUAUUUAUUUUGUGAUUGUUUUCUUUGUCAAUCUGCUCCAGCCACAUGAACAUAUGAGUAAA